CCAAUUUUUGGUGUUCACUUUGUAUUGCAUUGCAAUCUGUGUUUGCAUUUUGCAAUCACUUUUUGCGUGCUGUACUUGCCUAUAAUGAUUAAAAUUAUAGUAUAAAUAACAUCACAAACCUUAACAGUUGCCAAAUAAUGUGCAGCGACGUAACCUUAAUACCGUUGCACUAGUAUAGAGUGCAAAUUGUUUUGAUUAUACACAGAAAGGAUAUAUAUUGAGAAAAUGGAUAUACUAGAGAAGAUUUACCGGAACAUUCGACAACAUAUCGUUAACUUACCGGGUACGGUACCGAAAACUGUUGAUCUUCUUAAUAAAUCGGUUGCAAAUGUAAGGUUGCCACCUUUUAAUAAGGACAAUGUACUGUACUAUUAUUUACCAUUACAAGGCCUGGUUAGUUACACAACUUUGUCCGUCAGUGUGAUGAACCCUCAUCUCAUGGUAAGGUUGUUUCCUCAAAGGGAUGUAACUGAUGUUCUAUUUUUGACUGCUGGUGGAGGUGCUGGACUAUGGCUCUGGGCCAGACCACACAUGGCAGCAGCAGCUCCUGCUAGAAGGUUCUCAUGGGCAUUUCUAGGAGGGUGUUUGUGGCCACUAGGAUCUAUAUUCUUAUGGGCUAUAUUGAGAAGUUCUGUUGGUCAGAGACCAGUCAUUGGCACAGUAUUAGGUGUUACUACUGGAGCUAUGCUUACUAAUAUUGCUUUAGAUUAUUUUCAUUAUGUGGAACUUAUGUUCUGUGGUGAAGUGCAACUGCCUGAAGAAACAUAUAGUCCCCAGAGUGACGAUGAAAAGUAUGAUAUUGAUAUUUGAAUUAAAUUUCUGUUAUAUUAUCAUAUUUACUGUACCGUUGUAAAAUUUAUUUAUUGAGUAUGUACAGAAAGCUAUUUACUUUUAUGCAUAUUUUGUGGUAGUUGUUAAGUCAUACUGAGUUAUGUUGUACGCACCUUCUAGCAUGUUGAUGUUGUAAUACUUUUCAAAGUCUGUCUAGUCUUUCACUAAGUGCUUUGAAUAAAGUAUUAAAAAAAAUUAA